GCACUGCGCGGCUUUACGGCAGGACGUCACCUCCGGAGUCGCCAUGGCAACGGUGAACUGCGCAGACGUCUGCAGCCUGCAUGUCAGACAGUUGGGCCCCGGUGAGCCGCCGCUGAGCGGUGUGCCUGGGAGCCCGAGGAGGGGUGUGGCCGGCUCUUCCAGUGACCCUGACUGGGUGUGAGUUUUGACUAUAACAGGGAAGUCUUUCUGAGAAUGGAUAUGGGCAACCAACAUGCUUCGAUUACAGCGCUUCAAGAGAUCCAACGGAAAGUCAAAGACCUUGAGCAAAGCGUGGCUACCUUCAGUGGGUUGCAGAGUGACCCCGAGUAUAAAAAACUGGAAAAAGCCCUGACCAAGCAGCUCUUUGAAAUUGAGUCUAUUGAUACAGAAGGGAAGGCCAAUAUUUCACAAGCCCGUAAAAGAGCCAUAGAAGAAGUUGAGAGGCUUAUCAAAGAAUUGGAGCAGAAUGCAAACCACCCCUGCCGAUUGGCGAUUGAGACGAUAUUUAAAGAGGCACAAUGUCUUGUAGCCCAGCAAAUAGCCCCUAUGUAUGGAGGUAGAAGAUGUAUCACAGAGGAAUUUGAAGAAGGUAUUCAGAAUAUAUUAAUGAGACUUACACAAGUCAAAACAGAAGGCAAAGCAUCCCUAAGAAAAGCCAGAUAUCGCACCCUUACUAAAGUUCUUGCAAUUCAAGAGAUACUAGAGAACUGUUUAAAACAACAGGUCUUGGCACUUCCUCUCUCUACAGAUGCACAUCCAUCCAUAUUUAAAAUUAACUCUGUUCUUCUUGAGGUAAACAAGGCACGAGGCAGCCUCAUUGCACUUCUUGCUGGUGUAAAUGAAUGUGAAACCUACAGACAUCUAUCUUGCGUUCUCUCUGGACUCAUUGCAGACCUAGAUGCAUUAGAUGUUUCUGGCCAUGUGGAAGUAAGGAACUAUAGAAAAGAGGUAGUGGAGGAAAUAAACAACUUAUUGAAAUAUCUAGAUCUUGAGGAGGAAGCUCGUUUUACUAGUGCUUAUGACCUGGCCAAAAACCAGUCCAUUGUCAAAAUUGAGUCCAUUCGUAAAAGAUCUACAGAAAUAAAAGCCUGUGUUUUAGAGAGGGGGCACAAUAUGUAUGACAUUCAUGUGGGAACUAGAUCUGAGCUUCAGGUUCUCAUUGCCCAGCUGGAUGAAGUAAGCGUUGAGAAAAAUCCUUGUAUACGUGAAGCAAGAAGGAGAGCAGUGGUGGAAGUCCAAACUGUUAUUAGCUAUCUCGACCUCAAGGAAGCUCUAGAAAGGAGACAGAGUGUCUGUAAUCAGGCCAACCCAGAACAUCCAUCUCACACCACUGUUUGGAUAGUUCUUGGGAACCUUUCGGAUCUUCAGAAAGAAGUCCUCUCUUUUGACGGCAGCCGAGCAGAUAAAAAUUACAGGCGACUGGAAGAAGAACUCACUAAACAACUCCUUGCUCUAGAUGCCAUUGAUUCCCAAGGAGACGACCGCUCAAAAGAAGCCAGAAAACAAGCUGUAAAGUUUGCCAAUAAUAUCCUUAGUUAUCUAGACAUGAAAACCGAUGAAUGGGAGUAUUAGAUUUUUCUUUAACUAAUAUCGCACAUGAUUUAUGAUUGUAUGGGAGUGGAUUGUGGUCGCUAUGAAGUUUCAUCAAGCUUUAAGUUUUUAUUUGUACACAGGACGUACAAAAUAUGUUUUUAAAUUUGCACCUCAGAUGUUCUGUGUUCACAUUCCUAAGUCAAAAGGCAGAAAUAUUCAUAUGCCAUACGAUAAAUGUUACAUUGUAUUGCA